CAAAGAUGGGGUGUCUGCCGCGCUCUGUGCAAUGACCUCUGGGAUGAGACGCAACUGGGUGCAAGCUGUGUUGAAGAACGUGAGGCCCAGUAUAACAGCUGGAGUCACAAGCUCCCUCUCAGGGCAGAAAACUCUAGAAAGAUUGUACCAAGCGGAUUCAGAGUCGGCUGUGUGUGAAUCUGAAAACCCUGACAGCUGUUGGCAGGAAACCAGCCACAAGGCCGAGGAUUCACAUCAGCAGCACAGUGAACAGGAGAAGGAGCUGCAGCCGGAGAAGGAGCAGAGCUGCAGUGGUAGUAACUCAGCUCCACCUCCUGUGAGUCCUCAGGUGGAGGACGACCACGCUGCUCCCUCUGAUCCCGGUCCGUCACAAACUGACAUAGAUGUCUCAAUAAAAGAGGAGGAAACCCAGUGUGAGCAGCAGCAAACUGUGCAGCUGGUCAAAGAGCUGGAGCAAACACAGAAGGAACUGUCUCGACUCCAGCAGUUAAACAGGAAUCUGCAGGAUGAACUGAAACAUGAGCGAGAGACACAUUCAACAGAAUCGGUUCCUCCACAGAAUGAUCUUCUUUCAAACUCUUCGGAACAAGCUGUGACUUUACAGCGACUGCAGAAGUUGAACCACGACCUCCGCGUUGAGCUGGAGAUGCAGAAGAGGAGCUACGAGGAGGCCAGAGAGGCCGAGCUACAGCGAAGAGUAGAUCUCUUGGCUCAACAGGCUCAGUUACUGGUCACAGGCGACGCCACAGCUCUCGCACAAGCUCAUCUGGAGCAAGAUCGACGGUGCUUUCUGGAGCAGGAGAAGGAGUGGGAGAAUCGUGUGUCCUCCCUGAAGUCCCAGCUGAGUGCCAGCGAGGAGCAGAAGAAGGAGGCCGAGUCUCGGCUGACGCAGCUGCAGCAGGAGUUGCAGGGUCAUCACAAUCACCAGCAGGAGGCAGAUCUCUUGCAGAAACAUCUCCAAGAGCUGGAAAGCCAACUUUGUGCAAACGAGGAAGCACAGGCUGAAAAAGAGUCUCGUCUGCAGAAGCACCUCAUGCUCCUUCAAGCAAGUCAGGACAGAGAACGGAGGAGCUUGGCUGCCAGUCUGGAGCAGGCCCAGCAACACUCACAGGACCUUCAGGAGAUGCUGGACAGGGCUCAGGAUCAGAGCCUGAGCAAGACUCAGGCCUGGACCACAGAAAUUGAGGUGGCUCAGCAGCAGCUCCAAGAAGAGCUUACAUGUACGGUAUCUGCUGUACAUAAACUACAAGAGGAGAGAGAUCAACUUGGCCAUCGCUGUCAGGAGCUGCAGAACCAGUUAUCUGAGGCGGAAGGGGAGGUGAGCAGGCUGCAGAGCCGCUUGAAAACAGAUGAGACCCAGUACUACAAUCUUGAGCACUCAUAUGAAAGAGUUUGCGAGGAACUGCAGCUGGCUUUGGGGAAGGCGGAGCAAAGGGAGUCUGAAACGCAGGACAUGCGAGAGGGAUACGAGAGACUCCUGGACGGGAAGGAGCAAGAGCUGAGUGAAGUUCUGCUGAAGAUGGAGGUCCUGGGAAACAGUUUGGAGGAGACAGAGGUGAAGCUGAAUGAAGUGUUGAAGGUUUCCCAGUCAAGUGAAAGAGAAAAGCAGGUGACUGAUCUUCUCAAUGCUAGAAGAGAAGAUGGAGCAGAGAGUGAUGAGCUCUUUGACAGCUCAAACACCACAGAUGCUCUUCACCGCUCUGAUAAACGUGCAAGAAUCAGGUCUCGCUCCAUCGACCCGUCAUACCAGCACAUCGUCACGGCUGGAGAUGACCCAGACAGGUUUAUGUCUGUGAUCCAGUUACUGGAGAGGAAGCUUUAUGUGACAGAGGAGAAGCUUAAGGACAUUACGCAACGCCUGGAGGAACACCAUGGUCACCUCAGCUGCCAGGACCCACACCUCUACUCCCAGCUCACCCAGAGCCGAGCCACGGCCCAGCACCUCAGUCUGCUGCUCCACAGCCAGGCCAGGCAGAGUCAGCGCUUCGCCCAGGAGUCCGAGAACCGCUGCCGGGUGCUGCUCGGCAGGUUCCAGCUCUCCCUGAACAUCGUGCUAGCUUGCAGGGACAGGCUCCAAGCCACCCCGAUUAAUGUUGCACAGUUAGAGAAGCAGCUGGCCGCCGCUGCAGCCUGCCUGCAGCAAGGAGAGAGAGACGCAGAGAAACAUCAGCACGAGUCACACAAUGCCAGCAAAGGAGAGGAGAAAAUCCUCCACGAUGAGACAGUGUCUGGAGCUUUUAGUGGCCUUGGUGCCAAAAGCAAACUCACUAAUACGUUUCCAGCGGAGAAUGGUGUCACAAGUGUGAGGAAGUGCUUAUUGAGGGAAACAUUUGUCAUAGGAAAAAUGCUGUCUGUCCUUCAGAGUCAACGUGGCAUCGGCCAAAUAACCUUAGCAGUGAGAGACGAUGAGGGGAAUGUGGCACACAAGUACAAAAGCAUCAUGUCCCAAAUAUUAGCCCUGAGAAGAGACAAAAUAACUCAGUCUUGGAAAAUGGGAUGUGACCGUGAAGAGCAUUUGGAAAGUGUGAUUGGUAGAGGCUGUGCCGAAGCUGAGCUCAUUUGCGCUGCCUUGAAAUUUCAGCAGCGCUACGAGAGUCAACAGGUGGACUGUGAAAAGACGGAUCUGGCAGAUACCAGCCCUCCAGAGCUGGCAACGUAUGAGGAGCAAGUGAAGGUAGAGGGCAGAGGUUCUGAGGAGGCUACAGAACCAGCUGGAAAAAAAAUGUCUGAUGAUAAAAAGGUGGAGGAGGAGAAGGAACCAGAGUGGUUAGGGAGACUUACAUCCCGGCUGCAAAGAAGAGCCAGAUUCUUAAAGCAGCUCUGCCAGGACAUCUCAGACGGACCCGUCAGUGAGGGUGAUGUGGACCACAUUGGGGAAAAUGGUUCCUACGUAGACAUGGACUGGAUGCAGGAGCAGGCAAAGCUGAUCUAUUUGUCGGACCGGCUGCACUUGCAUUUAGAGCAGGAGCUGCAGCAAAGUGAGGUGCAGCAGAACAAACUGCAGGCUCUGUGCAAAGAGCAAGACACCACGGCGAUGGAUGAGCAGGAGGCGUUAAAUCACACCUUGUGUCUGCUCCAGGAGGACAACAGCGUGCUCAGGGAGGAGCUGGAGCGUGCCGAGCAAAAGAUCAUAUCCGUGGAGUCUGGGAACCAGAGGCUCCUGGAAGACAUACAGAGAAUCGAAGAUUAUCACGAGGAGCGGAUGCAAAAACUGGAAAGCAGCUUUCAAGAGAAGAUAAGAGAACUUCAACAGAUCCACGAGGAGGAGAUGAAACACUUGCAUGGAUACUACACCAAAGAGAAACAGAGAAGCUGCACUGAGGCGCCUGUUUUCAGUGAAAGUAACUGUGAUGCUCUGGCAGCGGGAGAAGUCCACCAGAAACAUCUCCAGCCUCAGGAUCACGGCGUCACUGCUGCGGAGGAAAUGCACAGGAAGCUGCUCGUAGAUCUGCAGCAGCAGCAUCAGAUGGAGGUGGCGGCCCUUCUGCAGGAGAAAGACCAGCUGCUGCAGGAAGAGACGGCUGCCACCAUGGCAGCAAUUGUGGCAAUGAGGAGAGCCCAUAAACAGGAGCUGGAGAAAAGCAGGCAGUCUCAGCACAUCAGGCAAAGUGCUGACAUCGGACAACUGCACAUUGAAUACGAGAAGGAGAUCCAGUUGCUGCACAAGGAGCUGGAGGUGUUGUCAGUUCAGCACACGCAGAAAUGCCUGGAGAACUCCAAGCUGAGCCACGAGCUGCAGAGCGAGAGGACAUGCUUGAUGCAGCACCGACAAGAAAAGCAGGAGCUGAUGAAGAAGCAGAGAGAGAAGGAUGCAAUGUCGCAGCUACAGUUCUCAAUGAAUGGGAAACAUUCCCAUGUGGCGGCACAGACAACUGACUUCUAUGAGAUGGAGGUGAUUCUGCGGGCGAGGGAGGCAGAGAUGCAGUUCCUCCGUCAGGAAGCUUCUUCACUCAAGGAGGAGUUGAAGAUCGCGCGAAUGGACAAAAUCUAUGCCCAGAACAAACUGAAGACGCUCUACACGAGCAGCCAGGAGGAGCUGCAGCAAGACGUCAACAAACACAACGCUGAACAUUUCAAGAUGGGACCUUGGUCUGCUAACAGAGACACACCGGGAAAGAGCCUCAAGGACUCCACGCCGAACACAAGUAGCGCUGCUUUUCAGAAGAAAACUCAGAAGUCAUCGCUCACGCGUCAGAUCAGAGCAAGAUCGAAGAGUUUGAAAGACGGCCUCUCUGUCCAAGAGAGAUUGAAGCUGUUUGAGUCCUUCUGAUCCGAACACGAUGGAAUCUGCACAUCACAGGAAGACGGCUGUUUGUCGAGUGCAGUUUAGAGAGUGUCUAUAUAUAUGUGUAUAUAUCUGUAAUGUGUGUGUAAUUUAGGUUGUUACACAAAAAUGUGUUGCAUAAUGUUUUUUAUUGGCUAAAAAUUCAAGCUGUGAAAACGAAAAGAAAAAACAAACCUCCGACUACCACUAGAGGAUGGUAAAGAUCUGAGGUCUGUGUUUGUUAUCAAUUGAAAACUCAUCAGUGUUGCAUCAGUUGCAUAAAAGCUGUUAUUAACACUUUUUACCACUAGAUGUAGCGUGAUGAAACAUUUACUCUCUUUUAACUUUCCCACCUUUCAAAUCUGUUCUUAUAAUUAUAAUCACUGAACUUAAAACAUUAGUCCUGUGGAUUUUGUAUUUUGAAAUUAGGCAUUUAUUUGAACACAGAGAAAAACCUAACUUUGCUUCCCUGCUACCCCCUAACAGUACCUGUGAGUAUCUAAGUAAAUAAAUGAUAUUUGCAGUCACAGUAAUUAAAUUUAUUAUGGUCAUGUUCCUUACAAUUGAAGAGACAGGAACAGUAAAACACUGAUUUCUUCUCUCACACACACUGUUAACUGGCGGGCAUCAAGUCUGUGGAAGUGAUAACACACUUCAGCCUGGUCUCCAACGUUUUACCACCUGUCGUACGGAGGAAGAGCCAGAGACCUCCUGCAACAGCUUCUGAAUGACCCUCUUAUCAUUAACCAUCGCCUCUGUCUUCUCUGAAUACACUGUUCACCCAGUUUACUGCAGACGACCCCUGACGUGUAAUAUGUGUAGUUAUCCUCCACAGAUCCGUGUAAAUUAUAAAUAUAAGCUCCCGGUGUCCUCGGAGCCGUGGAGUCACAUUCCUGAGGAGGAAUAUUGCACCUCAUUAAACCCCAGCACUCAUCUCUUCUUCCCUGUGACGACAGUGUGUGAAACUCUCGUGGUGUGUUGUCACGAGACGACACUUUGAAAGAGCAGAGCUGAUUCUUCAUAGUUUUUCAUCCUGGAUUUAAUUCUGCACCUUCCAGGUUAUACUGGCUCCCAGUGACGGUUGAAACAGAAUAAACAUCAGUUCUUCAGGUGUUUUUUCCAUCAUGCUCAUCUGUCUUCAAACAGCAAAGUUCAUACUGCUGUGCCCACAGAUUCUAAUAAAAGAUGGACGUGACAUGACUGCUCCCCAAAGCGUCUCGAGCACCCCCUGGUGGCUGGCUACAAUACAGGUCAUAAACCCAAUCUCCUCCAUGUUCGCAGAUGGGACAAAACUAAAAAGCCAAACGUUUCUCAGAGAUGCUUUCUGUCAUUUCAGGAAGUUUCAAUCACUUUAAUGUUUGUUCAAGUGUUUAAUCGUCAGUUGAGUUUGGUUUUAAAUAUUUAUUUGAUGCAAUAAAAUGGAGAGAUAAAGUGGAUACACACACUGAGUUAACUAGGUUGACUUUAAGUGAAAUAUGGGUGAAACCAAUGAUGAAACCUUUUAUCAACAUGUUAAUAAACUAUCCAGGUCUGGUU